UGUCCUUGAUUUUGAAGUAAUUUAUCUCAAGAUAAGGAAAUGUAAAUAGCAAAUUUGCCAAAAGUGCCUUUAAUUAAUCAGCAAAUUCAUCAGUUUCAAUUGAAAUUUCGUGUAGAAAAGAUGUCUAAGUUCGAAAAAGAGAUAAAAUUUUCGGAGGAAAUUGUCGUUCCAAAGAUUUUAGCUUCAAAUCCAGAACUAAAAUCUUUAAAAUUAGUUUCAGCAAAAGCAGAAACCGAAAAUCAUGUCGAUGGAUUCAUGGGAACAAUUGUUUUUUUGAACUUAUUGUUCGAGGAUAACGGAAAACAAAUUGAGCAAAAAGUGAUUGUUAAACUCAUGAAACCUGCAUCUCGCAUGCGAGAUCUCGUUCGAGCUGACGUUCAAUUCAUCAACGAAGUCUACAUUUAUCGCGACGUCAUUCCAACUUUUCUCCAAAAAUUCCGUUCAAACCUGAAAACGAUCCAUCCGACUCUUUGGUGUCCCGCCAUUUUUCUCUCCGAAGUCGGAUUUUAUCCGCAACUCAGUAACGAAAAGGAAACUUUGCUCGUUUUGGAAAAUCUUCGUCCUUCAGGGUUUCGUCUUGCCUCCCAUCGCAUCGAUUUAACGCCCGAAGAACUUACGAUCAUGACGAAAGCGAUCGCUCAAUAUCACGCCUUUUCGUAUGCAAUGCGCGUAAACCGAGAUCCCGAUCUCGACAAAUUAAUGGCGGGAAUUGUUCCGUUAGGAUUUGAGCGCGAAAAUGGGCGUUGUUUGUACGAUGCCAUGUACGAAGUUGCCAUGGAUAGAAUUUUCGAAUAUCUUGAAGCAAAUCCUGAAGAGUUGGAUUCUGAGGAUUUCAAGAGAAAUAUUUUGAUUUUCAAGAAACGUUAUGCGAAAACGCCUUUGAAGCUGAUGGAACGUUUUCGUCGACAAGAUCCCGUUUUUAGCGCCAUUCUUCAUGGAGAUUUUAAUCGUAAUAAUGUUCUGUUUAAAUAUGAAAAGAAGCAUGGGAGUGAAAUUCCAGUUGAUUUUCGCAUGAUUGAUUUUCAAGAAGUGAGAUACGGAUCGCCAGCAAUUGAUUUGGCAUUUAAUUAUUUUAUGAAUAUGAAACCGGAAUUUAUUAGAGCUGGAUUGAUGAUGACUAUGUUGAAGCAUUAUCAUUCGACGUUAAUUGAAGCGAUGGCGGAGUUGUUGAAUUGUGAGAAAAAUGAUUCGAGGUUGGAAGCUUAUAAUUGGAAUAAUUUUUUCAAUCAUUUUAAAGAAUUUGCUUUUUAUGGAGUCAUGGUUUCCAUUCAUUUUGUUCCUUGGAUGGCAUCCCCUGUCGAAGAAUGCGCCAAACUCGCCGACCUCUUCGAGCAAGAUAUGAACUCCAAAGAAUUCUACGCCUUAUCUCUCACAGCCGGCGGAAAACCUGUCAACCAACGUAUCACGGAAAACCUUCGUUACGCCAGCAAAAUGGGCUUCAUGGAAAUGAUCGGCAACGAAAAUUGAGAAAAAUAAAGAAAUUUCUUGAAAUUUCACGUGCGGUAUCUCACAACGACGACGCGUUGAGUGUCU